AUGCUGCUGCGUCGUACAGUUCCUCCGAUGCUGUGGAUACCGCACCAGCUGGUGGGCGUGCCGCUGGGCUACUCGGUGACGCUCGAGUGCCACACCGAGGCCCAUCCGACCUCGCUGAAUUAUUGGACCCGCAGCGACGACGGCGUCAUGAUACACGAGAGCCGCAAGUACAGGGUACUGUCGACGCCCGAGAAGCCCUCUUACAAGACCAACAUGACCCUGACCAUUUACGACGUCGAGAAAUCGGAUUACGACAGCUACAAAUGCAUGGCCAAGAAUCCUCGCGGAGAGACCGAGGGAACGAUUCGUCUUUACGAGUCGACGCCGCCGAGCACCAGUCCGAAUCCCGUCACCACGGAGCUGGCCAGCAAAGAGUGGGACAUCACGCCGGAGCUGAACAAUUCGGUUUACGGCAAUCCGAGCUCGCUGACCAUUCACAACGACAAGAAAAAAGGUGGCAAGAAGACGCCCUCGAAGUUGAACGAGAUCAGCAAGCACGAGCAGAAGUUCGGCAGCCUCGACAAGAAGCGCAACAUGGAAUUGUCGUCCAGUAACGCAUCGGCACUGGAGACGGCGACGACGGCCAGUACGUUGAUAUCGCUGCUGCUCCUCAUCGCCUGGAUAAUUCGAUAAGUCAAGGGGACAUCUGGCAUCGCUACUGCAGCGCACGAGAUCUCUCGACGUGGUGUUUAGUACGAAGAGAGAGAGAGAGAGAGAGAGAGAUUAGGAAUGAGAGGGAGGUAAAUAUUUUAAAUGGUUGUAAAUUAUAACGACGACGAAGUUGACGACGAUGCAGGGGAUGAAGAAUCAAGACGAAGCCUUUAUUAAACCCGUAGACGUGUAAGGAAACGAAAGGAAGAUUCUUCUUUCUCGCGAGAGAGCCUGAUUGUUAUAUAAAUAUAUAUAUGAAAUAUAUUUACGGUAGUUUGUAGAACGGAGUCGUGCUGUAUAAUGUGUACGUACGUAUGAAUGUAUGUGUGAGAAGAAAAAAAUUAACUAAGGGGAGAGAUGCAAUCGCUUUCGAUGUAACAUAUUACCAAAAAAAAA